AAAUUAUUCAACCAAACUUUUACUUUAUAUUUCAUUUCAUUAUCACCCUCUUGAAGAAACAUGGAUGAUUCUGAAUAUGGCAAUGAGGUUGAAUCCAAAAAGUUGCCUUCUUCCAAGUACAAAGGAGUCGUUCCGCAACCCAAUGGAAGAUGGGGAGUGCAAAUAUACGAGAAGCAUCGACGCGUAUGGUUAGGUACUUUCACCGAAGAAGAAGAAGCCGCUAGGGUUUAUGAUAUCGCAGCUCUGAGGUUCCGCGGCCACAAUGCAAUAACAAACUUCAACGUUUCUUUCGAGAACGACGAAGAUUAUUACAUGGAAAAGCUUUUCUUGAGCUCGCAUUCGAAGGCGGAGAUCGUCGACAUGUUGAGGAAGCAUACGUACAAGGCCGAGCUCGAAGAGCGCAAGCAGAACUAUGCAUGUCAUGGAAUUAGCGGUAACGCGUUCAACCAAGAGCCGUUCGGGGAGAGCCGGGAGUUGUUGUUUGAGAAAGUGGUGACACCGAGCGAUGUGGGGAAGCUGAACAGAAUGGUGAUACCGAAACAACAAGCUGAAAAGCACUUUCCAUUGUACACAGAGAUUGCUUCGAAGGGUGUGUUGAUGAAUUUUGAGGAUAAUUCAAAGAAAGUAUGGAGAUUGAGAUAUUGUUAUUGGAGUAGUAGUCAGAGUUAUGUGUUGACAAAAGGGUGGAGGAGAUUUGUGAAGGAGAAAAACUUGAAGGCAGGAGAUUUGGUGUGCUUUUGGAGAUCCAAUGUUGGGCCGAAUCCAAGGCUUUUUAUGGACAGUAAGCCCAGAAACGGGUCGGGUUCUGAAGAUCAGAUGGAGACCAAGGGCGAGGAACAGGAGGCGGUUGGACCAGUUGAAACAAUGGGUGAGGUUAGGUUAUUUGGUGUCAACAUUUUAGAUGAACCAAAUAGAGAUUACGUUGCAAAUAAUAGGUAAUAUUAGAAGUUAAAUUACAAGGUGAGAAAAGAGACAGAAUUUUGGAUAUACAAAGAGUGGCUUAAGUUUGGAUAUUUGUAACAACACUCUUAAUACUGUGUCAGAACCCAAAAAAUCACCAAAACA